AAGUACCAUUUUGGCUCGCAGCACCUUCGCAAUUGUUUGUUUGCUGUUGCCCUGGCAAUCUCAUGGCUGAAGUGGAGUUGAAAGACACCUUGCACGAGGAAGAGAAGGUGGAGAAGAAUGUGAAGGUCAAAGCAAAAGGCAAGGCCAAAGCGAAAGCCAAAGGAAGAGCUAAGGCAAAGGGCAGAGCCGGGAAAGCAAAGGCAAAGGCCGCAAAGGCUAAAGCCAAGAGCAAAGCAAAGACAAAUGCGUCUAAUGGUGAAGACCCAGAUGCUGAGGCAAAGACCAAGAAGCAAAGACCAAUGAGCCUUCGAUCCAAGGUCCAGAAACUUCUGGAGACGCAAGACGUCGAUGAAGUUCUGGCAGAGAUCAUGGCAAAGGUGGCCGCAUGCAAGGCUGCUGUUUGCGAUGCGGAGGGCGCAGAGCAACUAUUGAACCACCAAGAGGAUGAAGCCAAGGAUGCUGUGGCCAAAGUUUCUGAGAAGGUGCAGAAUGCCCUUCAAAGCGAGGACGUCGCAUUGGAAAAGCUGAAGGCCGCGAAGACAGCCAAGGCAGAAGCUGCCAUGGAGACAAAGAAGGCAGUUGGAGGCUUGGGAGAGAUUGAGAAGAUGAUGAAGGUUUUGGAGUCCCACAUGGAAGGAAAUCAGAAACUUCUGGACUUGGAACGCAAGAAAAAAGAGGCCGCUGAAGCAAAGGAGGCCGCCAAAAAAAGCUGCAGAAGAAGCAAAGAAACGUGAGAAAGAGCUGGCAGAGGAGCGCAAGGCAGCUUUACAUGAGCAAAAGACCAAAGCCAGCGAGACAUUGAAGGGACUGAAGAAUAUCCAGACAUCAGAGCAGAAGAUGCAGAAGGAGGAUGGUAGAGAGAAGAAAGUCCAGGAGAAGCAAGAGAAGAAAGCCUUGGCAGCUGAGUUGGCCCAGAUCAACAAAAUGCGUCAGGACCGCGAGAAGGAGCGCCAGCAGCGGUUGAAGCAGGCUGGAAGCAAAAGCAAAUCCAAGCGUGCUGCUGAUGAUGUACAAUGUCCAUCGAAGGCCGCACGCAUCGUUGAAGACAACCCUUGACUAAUCGGCUGUCCUACGAUAGCCCGCUGUGAUCCAAGUGAGAUCCUAGCAGCUGAAAGUGAAAACAGAAGCACAGGAUGUGGCUGCAGUUCACGGCUCCCGUUUGCAAUGUUGUGAAAUCUCUAGUUAUACUUCCAGCCUGUCGGUCAGCAUUUGGGCAAAGCUGACCAUUUGUGUGCAGGUUGGGUUCGACUCAUGUACAGUUUCAGCAACAUUGAGACGUUGGCCGCCCUGACGCAGCGAAUGAUGAAGCCCAAAAAAGACCCGGAGCGGGGUUCGGAACCUUUCGGCUGCAAGA